GAGCUCAAUGUUUUGCCAAACCAUAAGAGUAUAGUGGGCUCUAAGCGAGUGAAAGGAAAUCUGAAGUGUCAACAACUGAAUGAUAACGAGGACCACAAGAACACAUCCAAUGGGAAGCAUCCAGUGGUGAGCAGACGAGUCAGUUUUGAUCCGCUCGCCCUUCUCUUGGAUGCCGCUCUGGAGGGAGAGCUCGAGCUCGUCAAGAGAACUGCCAAAGAAGUGCCAAAUCCUAGUGCUGCUAAUGACGAAGGCAUAACAGCACUGCAUAACGCCAUAUGCGCCGGUCAUUUAGAUAUUGUCGUAUAUCUCGUCGACAAUGGAUGUGAUGUGAACGCACAGGACAGCGAUGGCUGGACACCCCUGCAUUGUGCUGCCUCAUGCAAUAACCUGUCCAUGGUGAAAUUCCUGGUUGAGAAGGGCGCCUGUAUUUUCGCCACCACUCUGUCGGAUAAGGAAACGGCUGCCGAGAAGUGUGAAGAGGAUGAGGAAGGAUUUGACGGCUGUUCCCAAUAUCUUUACGGCAUUCAAGAGAAACUGGGAAUUUUGAAUUCAAAUCAAGUCUACGCUGCCUAUGACUACGAGUCUCAAAAUACUGACGAACUUAGCUUUAAAGAGGGAAACGUUAUGACAGUCAUCAGGAGAGGCGAUGAUCAGGAGCGCGACUGGUGGUGGGCCAGGGGUGACGACCAGGAAGGCUAUGUGCCCCGCAAUCUGCUCGGAUUGUAUCCGAGAGUCAAAUCCAAUAAAGAGCUUCAAACCAUUGCUGAAGAACACAAUGAAUGACUUCAAUAAACAGUCUUAUGAUGACAUGAAUGGCUCGAUUCCGUCCAAUACAUACCUAACUGUGAUUAGGCUAUAGUUGUAUUAAUUAGUAUUAUUAAAGAUUCUCAAUAAUCAGUGCC